CACUGAGGCGCCACAUUGUUCGUAUCGUUGCUCGCGGGAGCUCGUGGUCCUCGUGGUUAUCCCGCGGAUCGAGCGUGGUGAAAAAUCGCGAAAGAGGAUAUAUAAUAAGGUGAUUCCCCGCGUCUCGUCAUCUGCGUACCUUCGGAGCUCGUUUCGCAAAAAUAUCUCUUUCGUGCGUACUUCCGGCAGCUAAUAACAGUAGUGACAGUCACGGACCUCGGUGACGUCCUCCGCGAGAAAGAGGAAGAGGAGGAGGAGGAGGCGAAUAGAGUGGUCCAGCAAGUUCGGUUAAUUUGCAUCGACCAAGAUGAUGCACGCAAUGAGUGAGCACGCCGGCGUAGGCGUCCUGCCGUUUGACGGCAUGGGUCUGUACGAACAACCACGUCCGACCCGAUUAGUUUUUAAGAUGCCGCGCGUCGUGCCGGAUCAGAAAGCCAAAUUCGAGAGCGACGAGCUGUUCAGAAGGCUGAGCCGCGAAAGUGAGGUGAGAUACACUGGUUACAGAGACCGGCCGCUCGAAGAACGUCAAGUACGUUUCCAAAAUGGCUGUCGGGAAGGCCACACGGAGAUCGCGUUCGCGGCGACGGGCACCAAUCUCCAGCUUGUUUUUGGCGGCGCAUCCGGAAAUUAUCCCGUCGAUCCCAGCGACUGCGACUUCGACAAGGAACCCGGCAAGAUACACCUGCGCUCGCAUCUCAUCAUGAACGGUGUGUGCGUGAGGUGGCGGGGUUGGAUCGACCUGGAGAGGCUGGACGGCGUCGGUUGCCUCGAGUACGACGAGGAGCGCGCCGCCGAGGAGGAUGCGCUGCUGCGCGACCAGCUUGAACGUUACAACCAGCGGAUUCGCGAUUUCGAGGAGAAACAGCGAACGUAUCGGGGUGGCGGCCCAGGGUCGGUCGCGCAGCCGCCGCAUCUCAAUCAUCACUAUCAUCACGACACGCACCACUCGACCAGCCACCACCAUCACCAUCACGGCCACCACAGCCGGCACGUGGGCGGCGCGGGUGCCACGGGUGCCACCGCGACCGGCAUCGAGCCCCACCUGCCGCACCGCCAGGAUCCCGAUCAGAUGGAACGACUGCGGGCCUUCUGA